UCUUGAUUGGCAUGAUUGUCCAACUAUUCCACUGUAGUGAGAAUAUUCGACAUGUAUUAUAUCUUAUUCCAAUUUACAUUUUGCAAACAAUAGCUUUGGGAAUAUCAACCUACUUAAUAGAGCAAUGUGCUUGUGGAACAUGUAGAAGGAUAAGAGGAGUGUGCAAACGACGGAAACGUAAACGUGAGGAGCUCAAAGUAAAGUCAAAAGAAGGACAGGUUGGAGGUGCACCUGCAUCAAGUGAGCCACCAGAGAGCGCAACAUUGCCUCAGAAAGAAGCGACGAAAGAACCUGAUAAAGAUAAGGAAGAGAUUAAACAUCCACGAAAGAAGUCAGCCAUCAAAAAGGAAGAAGAAAAGAAGGAAGAGCCAGCUUCUUCUGAGAAGAAGGAUAUCAAGAAGGACGAAGAGAAGGAAAGCGACGAAAAAAUGAAAGAAAUGAACUUGGAAGAGGAGAAGAAAAAAAUUGAAAACAUCAAACCAAAGCAAAUUAAAAGAAAUGAGAAGGAGGAGCGCAUCGCUCAAGGAAAGGAAGUGAGGAAUAAGGGCGAUUACCCUACCUUCAAUGAUGUUGAAAGCGACUGGGACUCGGAAAAGGAUAAUAAAGAAAAAGCGCAGAAAAAAGACUCUGAAAUAAAAGUUGAUAAGGACGAUAAGGGGGAAGAAAAAGAAAAGAAAGAACGAGAGGAAAGGGACGUUGAAAAGAAAGAAGAGGGUGACGAGCAAAAAGUUAAGAAAGAAGAAGCAAAGAAGAAUCCAGAUGUUAAAGACGAGAAAGCCAAGAAGUUAGUAACAAAUCCAACGCAGUCGCUGACUCCUCGUAUUGAAACAACCCAGAAAAACAUUACAGUUGUUCCACGAAAGACUUGA